AGAGAGGCUGGCGGCAGUGGCGGCUGUCCGGGCUGGGUUGUCAGUCAGAGAGAGGAGGGAAGAUGGCUCGCCCGGACUCGUGCUGCUAGAAGGAGAGGGGCAGGUGGCGCGGCUGCCGGCGGAGCGCAGUCGCCCGGUCGCCGUGGUCGCCGUGGUCGCCGUGGUCGUGGGGGGAGGCCGCGGUAGGUCCGGAGCUGCUCUGGAGAGCUCCUCUUCUGCCUGCGCCGCGCUGGACCCUGGAGUUCUGCCUCUUCUGCGGCUGCUGUGACCGCCCUCGAGGAUCGACAGGGUUUUCUGUCCACUGAACGGUUUUUUGUUUUUGUUUUUUUGUUGAAGGUUUGAAACAAAUGUGGAAAGAUGUUCACCUCAGAGAUAGGAGUUGUGGAAGAAUGGCUGUCAGAAUUUAAGACACUCCCAGAAACAUCUUUGCCAAAUUAUGCCACAAAUUUGAAAGACAAGAGUUCUUUAGUUACAUCUCUCUAUAAAGUUAUCCAGGAGCCACAGAGUGAGUUACUAGAGCCCGUGUGUCACCAGCUCUUUGAGUUCUACCGCAGUGGGGAGGAGCAGCUGCUGCGCUUCACUCUGCAGUUCCUCCCGGAGCUGAUGUGGUGCUACCUCGCCGUGUCGGCCAGCAGAGAUGUGCACAGCAGCGGCUGCAUUGAGGCUCUCCUGCUGGGGGUUUACAACCUGGAAAUAGUUGACAAACACGGACAUAGUAAAGUAUUGAGUUUUACAAUUCCAUCUUUAUCCAAACCAUCUGUAUAUCAUGAACCUUCCAGCAUUGGGUCUAUGGCGCUGACGGAGAGUGCGCUGUCCCAGCAUGGCUUAUCAAAAGUCGUGUACAGUGGACCCCAUCCUCAACGGGAGAUGCUGACAGCACAGAACAGGUUUGAAGUAUUGACAUUCCUUCUGCUGUGUUACAAUGCUGCCUUAACCUACAUGCCCAGUGUCUCUCUUCAGUCACUGUGUCAGAUUUGUUCAAGAAUAUGUGUCUGUGGCUAUCCCCGACAACAUGUAAGAAAAUACAGAGGUGUGAGCAGCAGGAUACCGAUUUCAUCCGGCUUCAUGGUGCAGAUGCUAACAGGAGUGUAUUUUGCCAUAUACAAUGGAGAAUGGGAUCUAGCUCAGAAAGCACUGGAUGACAUUAUAUACAGAGCCCAGCUAGAAUUGUAUCCAGAGCCUCUGCUGGUUGCUAAUGCAAUAAAGGCUUCAUUGCCUCAUGGUGCCAUGAAAUCUAGUAAGGAAGGUACAAGGUGUAUUCAAGUGGAGAUCACACCAACCUCCUCUAGAAUAUCAAGAAAUGCAGUUACCAGCAUGUCAAUACGAGGUCACAGGUGGAAAAGACAUGAGCAACCUGAGAGCAGCUGUGCUGCUGCUGCUGAAGCGGGCAUCCUUGUCAUUCCUGAGAUUAGUGUCACACAUGUGUCCGGAGAGAGGACCGGGAAUGGGGAAAAAGGCAGAGCUCUAGGAGACAUUGACGCCCAGCAUAUGCAGGGUGUGCAGGAAACAGCCACAGACCCUAGGAGUGAGAGCAGAGGCUUGCCCGAACUCAGGAGGCAAAAAUCUGUAAGAAAAAUGAUGGAGGAUGGAAUGUCCACAGCUGGCAGAGUGCAGUUUUAGCAGACGCUUUGUAGCCGCAGCCCAAGGAGAUACAGAAUUAACAGGUCAAGAAGAACUGAUGGACAUAACUGAAGUUGACGAGGGAUUUUAUUCCAGGGCUGCGUCUAGCACCAGCCAGUCGGGUCUAUCAAACAGUAGUCACAAUUGUAGUAACAAGACAAGUGUAGGAAAGAACCAGAGACGGUCGGGAGGAAGCAAAGCUGGAGCGAAGGAGAGAGAAACUGCAGGGGAGUCUUGCAGAGAUCACUUUGCUCGCAAGCAAACCCAGAGAGCCCAGAGCGAGAACCUUGAGCUUCUCUCUCUGAAGAGACUGACCUUAACCUCCAGCCAGUCCCUGCCCAAGCCCAGCAGCCAAGGCCUGGCUAAGACUGCGGCCACUGUAUUUAGUAAAUCCUUUGAACAAGUCAGUGGUGCCCCAGUCCCACGUAGCCCUUCUCCCGCCAUUGGCUGUGUUGCUGGAGCAGAUGCCAAUAGAUUUUCUGCCUGUAGUCUCCAAGAAGAAAAGCUUAUUUAUGUGUCAGAAAGGACUGAACUUGCAGUGAAGUGUCAAGCCGGCCAGCAGGGACCUCCUAGUAUUAGCGUCACUCUGUCUGCAGAGUAACUGUCACUUCGCUCCUGGAGCCAGUGAAGCUGGAAAGACGGCUCUGCUCCCUUAUGAAAGCACUGAGUCUUCAUGCCUGGUCCUGGCAGGAGCCUGGGGUCUUGAAUUCUGAAGGCCCCCCUUUGACUAUGAAGGGAAUAAUGUCUAGUUUGCAGUAAGCUGAGAUGUGGUCGUGUUAUUUCUUGGGAACUCUUUUCCCCUGGGUUUAAGUUCUUUAUUCUUGUAUUCUCCUUUCCUGUUACUUGUUACUGUUAACGUCCUCAGUGAGGUUAUUUUUAAUACCUUGUUUUUUAGUGGUUGUGUAUUUGCCCUGGGAAGUCAAAGAGAGUCUGUGAGAGGACUGGGCUGUAGAGCCCAGGGGGAGGAGCGAGUCCAUGAAGCCAUGCUGCUCCACAGGCAUGUGAGAAAACAGCCUCACGUGAGAGCAGUGGGGAUGCUACGAGCUGUGACCACAUCAUGCUUAGGAUGGGACAGUGUGCUCCACACCGCAAGUUGCCUGGCAGGACAGUUGCAAGGGGAAGCUGGGAGAAUUUCUGUUGCAGUCCUUAGAACAUUAAAUAGCAAAAGUGAGAUUGCUGGUAGGUGACCUUCUGAAGUGUGUGAUCUGGACUGCAGGCAUGAAAGUCCCUUUCGGUGUCUAAAGUGUAACCAGCCACAAAGCUGUUGGGCUGUGCUGCUCUGGAAAUCCUAGUUAGUUUGUAUCUUAGUGGUCAGAGCACACAUCAUAGAAGACGUCCUGAAAACCCCUGUAAAUCUUGUAGCACAGCUACCGAGAUACCAGAAUGAAGCAUUUAUUUAAUAGUAAAUGUCUGUGAAUGAAGGAAACCAGGUCAUGUUUCAUCCACAAAAUGUGGUGAAAGAAAACAGUAGGUGUGGGCAGAGGACAUUUGUGCAUUAGCUUGUGUUUGUUCUUGAAUUUAACAUAAGAAAGAGUGCACUUCUUGUUUGUGAGCUUUAAGUAUUCUUGUUAUGUUGUAGAAAGAAUUCAGCUAUCACCCAUUCCUGCCAACCAAGCAGUAAGAAAUGUGGUAAGGCAGAAGCUAAACUCUGCGUCCUCUAGAUGGACGCCCAGGCUUGGUGCCUGUGGUCUGCUCAGUUGGCUGACGCUCCUGUGAGGUGCACGUGCUGUGGUGCUACACUGGGGCAUGAGAGGAGCAGGGUCAGUGGGGAGGCCUGGGACUCUGUCUACUUCUCAGCUUUCCUGACUUAGCACACUGAGGCCUCCUUACCGGUGGCCUCUCGCUGUGCUCACAGAACAUGCUAGUGGUCCUGUCUCAAACCACGUGGGUCCAGCUCAUGGAGAUGAGAAAGCUGCAUGGGUUGCAGAGUGCAAAGCAUUUUUACACUUGAGAUACAUUUUUUAAAUGCUUACCUCCUAGUUUAAACCUGAUUAUCCAAGGCCUAUGCUUUUUAGCAUAAAUGAGCUUAACAUUUUAUUUUAGUUUCAGUAACAGAACGAACUGCUGGCUUAAAUUGUCCUCAUCAAUUUUAAGGUAACUAGAUAGUAAAAUUGAUAAUUGGAAUAAUCUAAUAGUAAUCUUUUAUACAGUUGAAAUGUUUGUAAAAUGUCACUGUGAAUUUCCUGUUGUCUUUUUGUAAUUCCUUAAGAACUUUUCUUAAACAUAGUUACUAACAGUGUUGAUAUUAUUAAGAAGAAAUUUAAAGAUUGUCACUAGGCAAGUUGAAGUGCUUACUUAAGCAUAGAGUAAGUUUAAAGAAACAUUAGCUGGCACAAACAAGAGAUCAGAAUAAUGUUCAGCCACCAUAUUGAAACCUCAUUUUGAUAUUGUUGUAGACAUUUGCUACUUGUGUGGUCCAAAGACCACUGGUAUCACCUAGUAUCUUAAUAAAACUUCAAAAUUUCGGGGGCAGACCUAGUAAAUCAGAGCUGACCUUGUUAAACUAGGGAUGCUAGUAUCCAUCUGUCUUUGUGAAGACAGUUUCAGAGUGCUAACUGCUGGUCUAAUGUAGGGUCCUCAGUGGUCUCACAGCCCUCAAGCAUGGGCAUUAGAUUCUAGGUCGUCACAAUUGUCAUAGGUUUUGAUAACCAAGUAGCUUUUUUAAUAACAUUGACAUGUGACUUCUUAGAGACUCUCAUUUCAAAUCCCCACUUCUCAUUUGUUUCUGUAAUAAAAAUGCAGCACCUUUUGCCUCUCUUGUUGGCAAUAAAUGAGCCCAGCGCUGCAGACACUUCGGGUUUAAGCAGGAAAGCCCUCUUUGCUCUUGAGCUGUUAGAUGAGACACAGAGGAACAGUUGCACACACGUCCAUCCUCUUACAAAUUCUGUAACAGCUUGCACAGUGCAAUGAGUCUCAAGUUUGCUCCAAAUGAUUUACAUCAAUUGAUUUCCUGGGGUGUGGUGUUACAUGAACAGUAAAGUUCUUUUAUACUACUUUUGAUACUAUUUCAAGUAAGGAUUGUGUACAUCAGGGGCUUUCAUACCAGCUGCCAAGGCCGGAUGCUGUCACCUGUGGCAACAGCUGUUCUAGUCACUUUCCUACUCAUCUUUCAAAGGUGAGAAGUUGUGUGGCUUUGUAGGCUUGUUUCUAUUAAGAUGCUAGUGUAGUCAUCUCAUGGAUCCAGAGGAAUAGCUUUUACCAAGAGGAUUCCACACAGAACUGGGGUCUGGCACCCCAUAGUUAGCUCUAGAUAGGGGCUUUGGAUUGACUCAACCCUUGCACGCCUCUGACACUGGGCCUGGCAUGAACCUCGGCAAUCCAAGUGAAGAGAGAAGCAGAGGAUCCAGCUGCCCGGGUGCUGCUACCCUUCCACUUCCUGGAGCCUCGAGAAAGCCCCUUGGCAUGGCUGGGACACGGCCUGACCCCUUUAAGCCCAUCUCUGUAGCACAGAACAGCAGGAAUUCCAGAAUGACUGGCUUGUUUUGAAAAGGUAGUGUUUCAUUGCCCUUUCGAUUGUAAAGCAGCAACUCUGCAAAUAGCACUCUGCUGUUAAAAAAAAAAAAAAAAAAAAAGUUGAAUUAAAGGGAAAUCUGUCUUUAAAUCAAAAUAGAUUUUUAAAAAUCCCGGUUUAAAGGGAUUGUGCCUAUUUUGAAGUAUCAUAGUUAAAAUGUUGAAUGGUAAAUUAUGGAGGAAAAUAUAUACACUCUAAAACAUGAUUUUAAGCAAAGAGUUAGAGUAAGACAGCUCAAUGUUUACACCCGUGGGCACAUGAGACCUCAGUAAAGGAGAGCACGCUGAGGAAGCCUGUGCUAAGUAUUGUAACUGACAGACAAUGCGAAAACGCACAAUGUUGGCACUAAGGCACUGUAGAUAGAAAUUAAUGUACAAUAGUGUCUUCCCAACCCGAGUGAAAGGCUAAAACCCCAGUCCUUUAGUGAGCACGAGUUUACACUUGCACAUUUGCUGCUGAGUGGUAGAACAUUGGGAAAUGGAGAUGUGUGCUUUUUAAUACUGCUCGUCUUCACAGAGAGCACUCGUGGGCUGCCUUCUGUACUUUGUAACUUGCACAUAUCCAAAAAGACUGAGCGUGAACAAUUUGAAGAUGUUUUGUAUUUUUGCAGAAGCGUGCUAGUGGACAUGGGCCUCAGUUGUGUUUUUUGGGCCCCAAGUUGUCUGUCUUGUUGGAACUGGCCAUCUGCCUCUGGCCUUUCCUUCUGAUCAUGUGAUGCUAAACUCUUCUCACAAAUACACGUGUCAUUGUAUGCCUAGUGUUUACAUUCCUAAGAAUAAAUCUUGGAUAUCAUUAUGUGCUCUUUACAUUUUUAAGGUUUGAAAUAAACUGGAGUUGAGUUCUUUGAAGUUUUGUACAUUUGUAUAAAUGUUCUCCAUAUGCAGUACUUUAUACAUCAAGUGUUUCCUCUUGUUUUGUUGAAAUAAAAACUAAAAGAAAAAAA